AUGGCUAUCAACAACUCAUCAGAGAAUAAUCUUCAGCUCAAUGAAGUAAUUGUAGCCAUGGUUCCAUGGCCUGAACAUGGCCAUCUCAACCCAUUAUUUCUCCUUUCUCGCUUCAUUGCUUCACACAACAUUCCUGUACACUUCCUCUGCUUAACUGCCCGAAACCACGAUUUGAAGAAACGCCUUCACGGUGUUCGACGAAAUGCCACGGAUGAAAAUUUGCAUUUCUGUGACCUCUCAGUACCUACAACUGAGGCAGAAAGUGAUAAAGAUUUGUUGUUGGAAAAUCUAGGGGAGUCUAUUUGUGAAAAAUGCCAUGUACUCUCCAAAAAUACUAAAAGAUUGGUCAUCAUUCAUGAUUGUUUGAUGAUAACUUAUAUAAGGGAUCUGCAUUCAAUACCCAACAUCAAGUGUUAUUCUUACCACUCCAUUUCAUCUUUCGUUAGGUAUUCGACUUUCAGACAAGUUCUUCAUAUAGUUGAUGAAGAUCAAGACAAGUUGAUUCAGGAACUAGGCGAUGAGUUUCCGACGGUGGAGAGCACUUUUGGGCCACAUCUGGAGGAGUAUAUACAAGAAGAACGUGAAUGGAAGCUAAAUUCUGGAGCUGUCUUGAACUCCUUCAGAGAAUUGGAAGACAAGUAUCUUGAUUCAUUUGCCAUUCAUGCAGAGGAUAUUACGCCGGUGUGGUGUCUUGGUCCAUUUCACAUGCUGCUCGAAUCAUCAGUUGAUUUGUACAAUAAGAGUGCUCAACAUGUGUCCCUGGAAUUUCUCGACAAACAAGAUGUUAAUUCG